AUGGGCGUGGCCUUCAGCUCGCUCUGGUCGUCGCUCUUCGGCUCCAAAGAGCUCAAGAUCUGCAUCCUCGGCCUCGACAAUGCAGGCAAGACGACGCUCAUGUACAAGAUGACCCUCGGCUCGGUCGUGUCCACCGCGCCCACCGUAGGCUCCAAUACAGAACAAUUCGAGUACAAGAACCUCAAGUUUAUGCUGUGGGAUGUGGGUGGUCAGACAUCGCUGCGCACGUCGUGGACGUCGUAUCUCGCCUCGACGGAUGCGGUGAUCUUUGUGCUGGACAGCAACGACCGCGAGCGCGUCAACCUCGCGCGCGACGAGCUGCACCGCAUCGGCCAGGACGAACAGGUGCUCAAGGCGCCCAUCCUCGUGUGGGCCAACAAGCAGGAUAUCAAGGGCGCCAUGACGCCCGCCGAGAUCUCCGAGAGCCUUGCGCUCACGGCGUUCCGCGAACGGACCUGGCAGAUCUUUGGAUGCUCGGCGCUGACGGGUAAGGGGCUUACCGAGGGUCUGGAUUGGUUGGCACAUACGCUGGGCGCAAAGGCGCGCAAGGGUUGGGCGGUAGGGAAGGGUUCGGAACGCGGGGGUGAAAGGCGCCUCCACUCGAGUAAAAAAAAUCCCAGCCAAGGCCUCCCCAAAAAACCUUGCUCUCGCACCAACACCUCUGACACCACUGGCGCUUUGGGCAGCAUGAGCGAGCCGGUCGAUGCAGCGCCGCACGAGUCGCGACCGGAGCAGCCCGAAGUGGAAGCAACGAUCUCGACGCUGCUCGCGCAGAACCGGCGCACCGCCACCGCGUUCACCGUGACCAAACACUCGAACGACGCCGCCAAGAACUGGGACAAGUUCUACAAGAACCACGCCGACAAGUUCUUCAAAGACCGCCACUGGACGUCGCGCGAGUUCGGCUCCGCUGUCGCAUCCACCUCAAACAAGCCCGAGGAUGACCGCGGAGAAGAGACGGAGCUUGUAUCCGCGGAUGUGGCAGGCCAAGGCUCCGCAGUUCUGCUCGAGGUCGGAUGUGGGGUGGGCAACAUGCUGUAUCCCCUGCUCGAGGCCAACGAAGCGCUACGGGUGCAUUGCUGUGACUUUAGCCAGCGUGCAGUGGACAUGGUCCGAUCCCACCCGAGAUACGAUGCGGCCAGAGUGAACGCUUUCGUAUUCGACCUUACGAGCUCGCAACCUUCGCUGGCGUCAUUUUUGCGGACAGAGCCGUACAAUGCUUGGCCGGCACCGACAACCGUCAGCCUCAUCUUUGUGCUCUCGGCCAUCCCGCCGCAUCUGCAUCUCGAGGUGCUCAAGUCGCUAGCGGAUCUUUUGGCCGCCAACCCGGGCGGGGGUCAUAUUCUGUUCCGCGACUAUGCGUACGGUGAUCUAUCGCAGGUUCGCUACCACACCAAGAAGGACGCUGCGUGGGCAGAGCCGAGCUUGCUAUCCGACGAGCCGGGUCAGAACUGGUACCGCCGGGGAGACAAUACGUUCAACUACUUUUUCCAGCCGCACGAGCUCGACGCACUUGCCGGAAAGCUCGGUCUGCAGGGAGAGGCGCAUCUUCUUCGACGCACCGCGGUGAACAGGAAGAGCGAAGUCAACAUGCAGCGUCGAUUCGUCCAAGCCAAAUGGUUCGUACCCCCUCGCACAUGA